GUGAGCAUGAUGCAAGCAUGAUUUCUUCAGUUGACUACUAUAAAUAUUUACCGGUAGCAGCUAAUAAUAAACAUUGAGGUUCAUACUUGUACAGAAUUUUCUUCAUUUUCUCUACAAUGGCUAGCUUUUCUUUCUUCUUUGUUACAAUCUUGAUCUUGGUUUUGCCCAUUAUUGAAGGGCGUAUUCUGAAACUUGAAGGUUCAGAAAUUAGUACUCAAUUGAUCUCAGAUGGAGUUGAACACUUCAAGAAUCAAUCAGAUUAUCUAAGUCUAGGCAGCUCAAAGGCACUUAUAACUUCAGGGGAUCAAUGUAAACAUAUAUAUGGUUUCUUUCCAUGUGCAGAAAAUAUUGGAGGGUACAUAUACAUGAUUGCCAUAUUUCAGUACUUGUUGAUUCUUGGUGAGAAAGUACUGUCCAAAGGAAGCAACAGGCUCUUUAGUAUUCUUGACACUGGAAUUUUUGGUGCAAGUAUCUUUCCAACCCUUAUAACAUGGCCAAGAAUUGUUAUGGCGUUUGUAUCUGGACUUUUGAUCAAUAGAGAGCAAGCUCAAGUAUCGGUAUCUUCUUCACUUGGUUCGAAUGUUGGUUCCAGUGUCUUGAAUCUUACUGUGCUCUGGGGCAUAUGUGUCAUACUUGGGAGACAAAACAUCUCAGUAAAUUCAAAUACACAAAGUGCAGAAUCCUCCUCUUCUACUUUGAAAUUGAAAGACUUAAAGAGUAUGUUAAUUUCCUUUUCAUACUUUGAAGUAAGAGGAAAUCUCUUUAAAGGUGGACGUCCUGACACUAAUGUGCUCAAAGGAUUAUUUACCAAAACCGACAAAGAUAGGAGCAACUCCAUAACACUCACCGAACUAGAAGAACUAGUAAACCAGCUUGAAUCGGGAAAGGUUAAAGUGGACAGUAACUUUGCCCUGUCAACACUGUCACGGAUUUUCGACAAAAAUGGAGAUGAGAGGAUAAAUGAGGAAGAGUUCAUUGAGGGAUGCAAGAAGUUGAUACAGGAAUCCAAUGGCGAUUCCACCUCCAUCAGGAAACAUUUCGAUGAGGCAAAAAAUUCAAUUUAUUUUGCUAUCUCUUUCACUAAUAUAGACACUGGGGGCUAUUUAUGUAACAAAAAGAUCAUCACUUUUAGUUAGUCAAAAU